AUGACUCCCAAAUCCACGUGCGCAACAGAAAGAAGGAAUGGGACCUUUAAAUCUAACUGCAGUUCCACAUUAGAUCUCGCGCAAGGAUACUCAGACAUGUCAACUAAGGAAUACGCAUCUACGUUUAUUAAUGAAAACACAAGAAAGAAAAGAAAGAACAAGAUACCAGGUAAAGCAAAAAGCAAAAAACGUGGCAAUCGCAGAAUGAAUGCAAACGACAGAGAAAGGCAUCGCAUGCAUAAGCUGAACUCUGCUCUGGACACCCUGAGAAGCGUCCUUCCAACUUUCCCCGAUGACACGAAACUGACAAAAAUUGAGACUUUACGAUUCGCUCACAAUUAUAUUUGGGCAUUGUCAGAAACGUUGAGAAUUGCAGACAAUGUUCGAUAUAUUUCAACUCACGGCAAAGAUCAGGAGAACCUUGUGGCGCCAAGUGGUUGCUUGGAUAGGCGCUAUGGCACACCAGGCGGUGGCGCGUCCAAAUGGCAUGCCGCAAUCUCACCAUCAAAUUGGCAAGAAACACAAGGCUGCUACACGGAUUUUUUACUGGAGGAAUUUAACAGCAACUUUCAGCAGAAUUUAACAUUUCGUUUUGCUGAGGAAAGUCUGAUGUGCGAGUAG